AUGGCUCCCAAUGUUUUCAUCGCAGGGAAGGAGUACUGUGAUCGUUUCAGAUACCUACACUAUGGCGGGCGCAAAGUCACCACCAGUAAUCCUCCCGGAGGUGCGGCAUUGGUUCGUGACCUUUUGUCUCAGUUAGAGCGCAGGGCUAGUAACGCUGGUUCUACAAUCCAAUGUCAUUUUAUCAAGCGUGAAAACGGCACCGCCAUCCAAACAGCCCUGGAGAUCGAGGAGCUGGCACCAGAACCAUCAUCUCGCCAUCACAUCAAGUCAUGCCUUCAGCUAGAGUCCAGUCCGGGUGAUACCCAAAAUCCCUCCGAUGCCAACAUUGGGCAAAAUGAUUUGCUAGUGUUGGUGGAGCAACCUGAGGUGAACGUCUUUGGAGUCGACCCUUCGUAUCGGAUUUUUAAACGAUCUGGAAAUUUGACCGAGCAGAGCAACAUGGAGUGGACUACGCUCGAGAGCUAUGCCAAACUGGUUGAUGGGAGGAAUUGUGCUGACGAUGGUUGGGACCCCUUAGGAGUGGUCAUCGAUGCCGAAUACCUCAGGUGGAAGCACGUCGAGAUCAGUCGCCAUCUGUCUUGGGCACAAACCACAGAGGACUUGCUCCGAAAUUUCGUCUUUAAGGAACAGGAAAAACCAGAGCUUGAGGUUCUUCGAAAAACUCCGAAUCUGAUUGUCCGAUUUGAUUGUGAUGGAGUGAUCCACGUUGAGAAUCCCACAGAAGGGUUGGCGACAGCAAAUCUCUACAUUCAGAAGUCGGAGAACUCAGAAGGAGACUUCAUUCAGUCCACGCCAGGACGCACACCAGCCAUUGCUGCUGGAUUCGUGGCAGGUCUGGUUAGACCGUUAGCUCAAAGCAAAGAUGCUUACAAGGAAGCGAUCCAGGCUGGAUUGCUAGCCUCGCACGACGUGGCAUUGGCAAAAAUACUACACGUGAAAAAUGGCCAAGGUGAUUAUUAUGUGCUUGACGAUAAGGUUAAAGGAGAGGAUUUCCCAGGCGUCCAAGUUACUGUGCCAUCCUCCGAGAUCAAGAACCAGAGGGGAUACCGCUGGAGUAUCCUCCAAACGAUACUUGAAGGACGAUACCUUGAACAACCAAUUAGAGAAUUUGCCGAGGGAAUCCUGAAAACUGGGGUAGAUGAUAGUAAAAUCGCCCUUGACGUUUCGAACAAGCUUUCGGUGCUUCAGCCAGAGACACAAGCCAGAAUCAAACGAUAUGUCGAGACCAUUCUGCGCAAGCAGGCAGAUGCCCAUCUGGCAGUCUUAGCGACAAAGAUUGCAGCUUCUGUGCAAUCAGGGACUGCAGCUCCUGCACAAUUGUCGGGGACUGCAACUUUUGCGCAAUCGGAAACAAGACCUGACGUUGAAAAUGUGAAACCCUAUAUUAAGAUUGUUCAAAGUGCUCUGAGAAGCUUUCUGGAACUCCAAGCCACAGCCGACGUUGCAGUGGUACAAGACCCAAUCGAGACAUUUUUGCAGGAAGAAUUAAGUCAGGAAGAAUUAAGUCAGGAAGAAUUCGUUAAAAUACAAACCGAAAUCAAGCCCUUUGUGAAGGCAACUGUGGAGGGUCAACAACCCGAGCUAGGUGAUGCCGACCCAGACUCUAAAAUCACUAAGCUGGCAGAGGAAAUGGUAAAAAUAAAAGAGCCCAAGGGCAAGGAAAUUGAAAGGGAAACCAAGGCACUUGCAGACGAAAUUGUGACGAAAGGAUGCAAGACGGCGCUCGCGCGGAUUCCUACUGCGCGGUUCGGAAACCUCAUGACGGCAGACCGACAGGAAAAGGAAAGCUUUAGAGCGAUCGCCAACUUGGUGACGGAGUACCUGCGGUCACCACAGGAGAAGCCAAUUUCGAUAGGCGUCUUUGGUGCACCUGGUUCAGGAAAGUCGUUCGGAAUCAAGGAGGUCGUCAAAGCUGUUGCCGAACGGAUAAGCAACGGGGGAAAGAAAGUCAGUAAGCCCCUGACGUUCAACCUGUCCCAGUUUCGGGAGUAUCAGGAUCUAGUUGUCGCGUUCCACACGGUCCGCGACAGCGGGCUGUCCAAUGAAGUCCCGUUGGUGCUUUUCGACGAGUUUGAUAGCGGCUUUGGCGAGACGAAACUGGGGUGGCUUCAGUACUUGCUAGCACCAAUGCAAGAUGGCAAGUUUUUAGAACACGGUCAUCAGCGACCGCUGGGGCCGGCUAUCUUCGUGUUUAUCGGCGGUACAUGUUCAACUUUCGAGGAUUUCACCACUGAUUUGGCAACCAAAGACGCAAAAGAUGCGAAAAAGCCAGACUUUGUCAGCCGGUUACGGGGGUUUGUAAAUAUUCAGGGGUCGCAUCAAAGCCCGACGGACACCGAUGAUAUGUACCUCGUUCGCCGUGCUAUCCAUCUGCGGGCAAUGUUACAAAACCGAGUCGGCUGCAAGGAAGACGAAGAGAUCGAGCUGGAUGACGGAGUGCUGAACGCACUCCUGACUGUGCCGUACUUCCGCCAUGGCGCCCGGUCUCUUGAGUCCAUUAUCGCAAUGAGCCAAUUACAUGGACAAAAGGUCAUCAGACGCUCUGCACUGCCUUCUGCGAAGCAACUGGGUCUUCAUGUCGACUAUAACGCGUUUUUAGAAUCUUUUGAACCCGAAAAUCAUCUUUCCAUUGCGCGAGUUCGUGCCAUUGCUCGAGUUAAGAUCGCAGAAAAGAUUCUGCCGGUUGGAGAGCACUCUUCCGUAAAUGAUGAUAUGCGGCGGCGGAUUGCAGAUCAAGUUUUGGACAUGAUUUAUCUAAACAAGGCCUUGCUAGUUCCAUGGUCAAAGACCAAAGAUGCUGAGGAUGAAGACAAACGCGAGGACCUAGUCAAUGACUUGGCCAAGUACCGGUAUUACGCCAUAAGUCUCAAGGACAAUACGGAAAAGUGGGAGGAUGCUAGAGAGGAGAGACAGAAGCACAUUGAAGCCAUUAAAUCGUUGUUUAGCCUUUUAAAAGGGUGUGGCUUUGCUGUUCGUAGGGGAAACUAG